AUAGGUAAAAACGGCUGCCCAUAUCCACAGUUUGAGGCUCUCAAAGCUAUGGUGGAAAAUGAAAGCGAAAUAUGUUUAGGACAUCCAGUGUCUGUCAAGUAUGUAAACUUAAAAUGGCAGAAAAGAGGAUUCAAAUACAGUUUAAUUGCAAUAAUUCUGAGUCUGAUUUUUCAUAUUUGCCUGAUGGCAUAUGCAAUACUAGUUAUUGGCGAAAUAGUCGAAACUAAAGGUAAGUUAAAGUGACUGAGGAAUAUGUUAAAACAAAGAUGUAUGCAUUGGCGUGUGAGAUGGGGAGGGAAGGGGACUGAGGGGGGAAGUCAGCCUCCCAAGUCAGUAUUUAUCGGGCAGAUUGUACUUCGAAAUCAGAGAAUGUAUACAUCUUUGCAUUAGACUAUGCCUAUACCCGCCACCGCGCGUAUGUUUUUUGUCAUUAUUCACAUUGUUGGGAUAUUGAUAAUGAUCAUUAUGUUUAGUCAGAGAAAUUAAAUGACGAAAUGAAAUUUGUUCCAUUAAAUGUUAAUUGCCUGCAGUGGAGUGAGGAGUUUUCGACCUAAAAUGAAAUCCCAGAAUAUACUCGUCGAAUUUCAUUAUAAUAACUGCAAUUUUGGAUAGUGUUAGGAAAUUGUAAGGGAAAAGCUCCUGAUGAUCGCAGCAAUGCGUGAAACUCGGAGUAGAGACAAAUAAACAUUUUAAGUAACAACAGUAAAUUAAAUUCGCUCUACUGAAUUUUAAGUAUUGAGCACUCUAGCUCUCUUUACUGUACACGUUACAAAAGCUACAACAGCUUGUUUCAUCCAAGAGGAAUCAUCACUCGUCUCAUCAAGUGGCUGACAAAUUUCGAAAAAUGGGCUGCUUAAAUGUUUGCGGUCGGAAACAUGGGCGUAUGGGCGUGUGAUUACAGAAGAAGUAGAAAUUGUUUAUUUUUACUUCACUCCACUGGCCUCAUACACCCUUAUAAUGUUUGUCUGGAGGUAAAUUCGAAGGAACUAACUUGACACGAUUCAAGUUACAGAACGUAUUUUAGACUUUUGAGUGUAUUUCGAACUUUCUGUGUAAAAGUUUGAAUUUAAACAGCAAUAGUGAAAAUCAUUUUUUGUCCCAACACAGGACUGCAAAUCGUAGGAACAAAGUGUUAACGUUGUUAUAAUUUUUAGUUGAAGGGUAUUGUAGAUGGAAAUUAUCGAAUGGAUAUUUAUAUACAUUUAUUAGACCUAACCAUAGAUAUCUUAUAUACACUAUAGAUAGCGCAUCUCUUUAAGAGGCUGUCUCCGUAAAAACCUCCAGGUCAAUAUGGGGCUCAAAAAUAGAUUUCUCUCAUACUCUAGUAUUUUGAAGAUCUAUCCUUGGGAACAACUAAAAUCGAUUUCAUUUUACUCAAAUUUCCUUUAAAUUAUUUUUGGGGGCGAUUGAUGUUCGAUCGGCUGGUAACCAACUUGAACUCCGAAUGAAGGCAAAAUAUCGACAUAUUUUCAGCACUAUUUUUUAGAUCCAAUUCAUACCUAAAUUUGAAAAUUUUUCCCCAGAAAUAUAGACUUAUCCUUCUAUUUUCGUUGGUGAUAUGUCUUAGAUAAUUAUUCUUUGGUAUAAAAUAGAAAACAGCGCAGUUACUGACCCUCCUGAACGGAUAACGGAUAUCGUCUCAAAAUAUAUCAACUUUGAAAGCUUAUUUCAAAAUCGUGGCACUUGAUUGGCACAUGACUUUAAAUUUUUAAUAAACUACUAACAUUAGUCAACACAAAUCGCCAAUAAUAUCUUUCUGCUAAUACCAUUUGACAAAAAUGACAAGCGCGCAAACUUUGUAAAAUUUGAAAAUGUGUCGAAAUCGAGCAUACUUUAUAGGUAAACCUAAUUGUUGAUAUUAACAAAUAAAACCACCUUACACUACACUGAAUGAAGCCUGAUUAUGUAAAUAUAUAUGUCUUUCAUCAUUAUUCUUUGGUUUUGCACUCGAAAAAAAUUGUUUGAGUACAGUUUGGCUUCAAGGAUAGUCAUUCAAUGCCAGUGUGUUCGAAUUCUGCGCGCCUCAAUGCCAUGAGUCCUGAUUGUGACAUACGAAUUUCGCUCUGUUCGCUUUGUUUACUUCCUGUAAAUAAAAUGUCUCAAAGAAAUUAGAAAAUUCAGAGUUAAUAGGCAUACUACAGACAUAAUUUUCAUUGGUUUGUUUACCUUAAACUGUUAUAUAAAGUUUCGUUUUAUACGGAAUGUACGAAUUAAUCUCGGGGAAAACCCCUGGCCGAAAGAAAUGUACUCGCUGAGCGUAAACAUGUCAAUCAAAGCAUAUAUAGUUAAUAUCAAAGACGAUGAAAUGUUUCGUUGCUCUGUGAUUUCCCUUUCUUUGUAUUGCAUUAAAUAGUAGUCUUAGACAGUAUUGCACGAGGUUUUUGUGUUUACAAUAUUGUUAUUUUCUGUACUAAUUCGCGAUUACAUAUGGUGUUCACUACUACUACAGCCGCAAUUUGUGGUCACGCAACGUUAGGUAAACGGUAAAAUGGUAAAGCAGAAAGAUAUUAUUGGCGAUUCGUGUUGACUAAUUUAGUAGUUUAUAGAAAAGUUAAAGAUAUGUGCCAAUCAAGUGCCACGAUUUUGAAAUAAGCUUUCAAAGUUGAUAUAUUUUGAGACUAUAUCCGUUAUCCGUUCAGGGGGGUCAAUAACUGCGCUGUUUUCUACUUUAUACCAAAGAAUAAUUAUCUAAGACAUAUCAACAACGAAAAUAGAAGGAUAAGUCUAUAUUUCUGAGCAAAAAUUUUGAAAUUUAGGUAUGAAUUUGAUCUAAAAAAUAGCGCUGAAAAUAUGUCGAUAUUUUGCCUUCAUUCGGAGUUCAAGUUGGUUACCAGCCGAUCGAACAUCAAUCGCCCCCAAAAAUAAUUUAAAGGAAAUUUGAGUAAAAUGAAAUCGAUUUUAGUUGUUCCCAAGGAUAGAUCUUCAAAAUACUAGAGUAUGAGAGAAAUCUAUUUUUGAGCCCCAUAUUGACCUGGAGGUUUUUACGGAGACAGCCUCUUAAGUAAAAUUGAAGCCAAGAAUAUUCCAGUGGUUAUACCCCCAUUUGAAUAGAUGGCGGCCAUGUUGGAGUUUCCCACUCGCUAAUAAACGCUUAAAAACAACAAUAACUUUCAUCAUUUGAACAGUUUGAAAAUGUAUUUGGAAUAUAUAGGUUUAACUUAAUGUUUAAGCAAUCACGGCUUCAAUUUUUGAAUUGCAGAAUAAUUAGAUGCACUAUCUAGUGUAUAUAAGUUAUCUAUGGACCUAGCCAGGAACAAAAAUGAAAAAUGCAACUUUAAGUCCCUGGCAGGAAUCGAACCUGCGGCCCUGCAUUCCGGUGCAUGAACUUGUGGUUAGAGCUCGAUCAACAACUGGCCUUUGUAGCUCAGUUGGUUAGAGCGCUGCACCGGAAUCGCAGGGCCGCAAGUUUGAUUCUUGUCAGGGACCUAAAGUUGCAUUUUUCGCUUCUGUUCCUGGUUAGGUCUAAUAAACGAUAAAUUUCCACUUGAUAAUUUCCAUCUACAAUACCUUUCAACUAAUAGUGAGAUAGCAACAAAAUCUUGUUAUAAUUUCUAUACUUUCUGUGAAUUUUCAAGAUCCUGCUGGUAAAAUUCGUGUUAGUACAGCACCAGAUGCUCCUGUCACGAUGGCAUUAAGAAUAAUUUUGUUGAUUAUAACAUUUGCGGCAAUGGUAAAAGAUAUUUUCCAGGUAUGAGUUUUACUACACUAAAUAGACCAAACAUUUACAUGCAAGGUUGUUCGAACAAGUUGAUAUCAUGUUAAUUAAUUUUCACUACUUGUUUCGAAAAUUGAUGGAAAAACAUGACACAUGACUUGUCACAAUUGACAAAUAUAUAAAUUUCAUCAUAAUAUCCAACGCAAAUUUUCAACAAGGUUAACGACGCAUACAAUUUGAUGGACAACUUUUACAAGUUGUCUAUCAAUUGUUGUCAUCUGGAUUUUAAUAGGCUAUGUAGGUUGUUAGCAAGUUGUUAGCAGCUUGUGCAACCUGAUAACAUAACAACAUGCAUCUGUUAAAAUUUCUUGAAAGCUAGUUAAUCUUUGUUCAGUGAAAAUUCAGACGGCUUUCGAAUAAUCUUUCAUUUUUCAAAUCGUGUUUUAUUUCAGAUUAAAAUGCAAAGAUUUCGAUACUUCACCAAACUAUCGCAUUAUCUUGAAAUGGCAAUGCAUAUCAUGGUUAUCCUCUUUCUACUACCUGUGAACAAAAUAUUAACAAAAACACAUAUUGGCGCUGGAGCCUUUGCUGUUCUGUAUUCAUGGAUGACACUUAUUCAAUAUCUCAAAGUUGUGCCUGUCAUGGGGAUUUAUAUCAUAGUGGUUCAAACGAUUUUUUGGACUCUUAUGAAGGUGUGUGAUUUGAAAUCAAAGCAUGUUAGUUUGUAAUUUAAUUAAAUAUACUGCUUGUUUAUCCAUAUUACAUUACAAGUACAAGAGGCCUACAUAUACAGGGCCGCCCAGAGGUUGGCGGGGGCCCGGGGCAAAUUUUUUUUUAGGGGCCCCUAUCUAAAAAAAUUUUCCCGGAAAAUUUUUUUUCCGGAUAACAACCUCCCCCCCCCCACACCCCCCCCCGUCGCCAAAAAAAUUUCGGUCAGUGUACCAUUUUAGGGGUAAAAAAAUUUUUCCGGAGUACAAAAUUUUGCCAGACGAGUACAUUGCAAAUGCUUUCGAGGGACUUUAUCUCAUUUUUUUAUGCCAAAAUUCGGUACUUAGCCCAAGAAAACAGAUAUCUUGCCCUUUGCGCGGAACUAUUUAACACACAAAAAAGGCUGGGGCCCUACAAAAAAUUUUCAGCGGCCCCCAGCAACUCGGGGCCCGGGGCAAUUUGCCCCCUUUGCCCCCCCUCUGGGCGGCCCUGUACAUGUAUACAACCACGCACGUCCAACUGAGUCAACUAGUGGGUGGUUUGCAAUCACUCUUCUCGAAAAUUAAAAAACAACAAGCAGAUUUCUCCUAAUAUAAUCGACGUGCCAUUAUAUUGUGGGGCAACAAAAGUAAGUCAAGUAUUGAAGACCCUGGAACAAUGCAUUUACUCCGAUAAUUGUCUUAGUUUCUGUAACUCCCGGUCGAAUUUUAACGGUUCGCACGAGUUUUAUGUGGCAGUUCGAAUACAACCGAGGAAUUAAAUCGUAUUAAAUCAAAACUGACAAGCCUUGUAUGAAUUGUAUUUAAUCGCAAUAUCACAAUAAUCCAAGACCUGACGUCAACUAGAAUACAAAGAUAAGUACGCUCUUACUUUACGUUAAAACUAUGCGUUAAACAGAACAAAAAUAUAAAGUCAAAUUGACAAAUAUCGUAUAAAUGUACUAACCGAUUUGUCCUCUAUAUAGUGCCACAAUCGCAGGUAUCGCACUUAGAACGGUUUCAAUAUCAAACGGUUUAGUUUACUAUAAAUUAUAUUAUUCGCAAGUUCGCAAAGAUCAACACACGCAUCUAUGUUUCUACUCGCACACUAUCUCAAUCCCAAAGUAUACAAGAGCCUGGGCUCUAGUGUCCAAACUCGCGAGAGCGCUUACAUGGCUCCCCUAAAUUGUUAAUCAAUUUACACUAAGCUCCCCGUUGGGGAAUCCUCAUCACAACUGUCCGACUUAUAUAAAUAGCAAUACAAGUUUCUGGAUUGGUCGUUCUAGAACAGAUCGAUUGCGUAUUCCUUUCCCGUUUCUGGCUAAUUGUGCAUAGCCAACGACAACUUUCACCUUACGCACCAAUCCAUCUUCAUCUUAAUCCGCUUCUUCCACUCGCGCAGUUUUCCAAUGAUUACGGGCGAUUGAUUGGUCCUUCAGCAAAACGAUAUCUCCAACUUGGAUGUUACGACGCGGCUUGUUCCAUUUUUGUCUCUCUUGCAACGACAUUAAGUAGUUCUUUCUCCAUCGUUCCCAGAAGCAAUUCGUGAGGUAUUGAACCCGUCGCCACCUCUUCACGAGGUAGAUGUCGUUCCUUUGAAAUUCGCCAGGGGGUGGCAUUAAUACUCGCGUCUUCAUCGUCAGUAAAUGGUUCGGCGUUAGCGGCUCUUCUUCCGGGGUAUUUGUUCCUGCUAUUGGAGGGCUGUUCACGAUACACUCGACUUCGCAGAGCAGCGUGCGUAGGUAUUCUUCAUCUAAUUGGGUACCAUGUUGUUCGAGUAGUCCGUCGAGCACACUUCGUACUGUUCGAAUCAUCCGUUCCCACACGCCGCCAGCAUGACUCGCAGUGGGGGUAUUCAAUUUAAACUCGAACCAGUCGCACUCUCGUUUGAGCAAAAACUGCUGAACUUCGUUCUGGUCCAUUUGCUUCAAGAUCUCGCGUAGUUCUGUCCGUGCUCCUACCAGAUUCGUACCUUGGUCUGAGCGUAGCUGACGGAUGGGACCUCGUCUUGCCAGAAAGCAUCGAAGAACGUUAAUAAAUGAGCUGGUUUCUAACGUCUUGGCCACUUCAAUGUGGAUCGCACGAGAUGACAGGCAUGUAAAGAGUACUCCGUAGCGUUUCAACUCUUUUCUUCCUUCCUUAAUGAGCCAUGGACCAAAGUAAUCAACACCACAAUACGUGAAGGGGGCUUCUGUUUUCAUCCUGUCUUCGGGUAAGUCCGCCAUUUUUUGUUCUUGGACGUUUCCUCGGCGCUUUUGACAAGCAACACAAUCGCUGAUGUAAUAUCCAACGGCCAAACUACCGCCGAUUAUCCAAUACCCGUUAGAUCUCAACUCGUUCACCGUCAUACCGCGUCCUUGAUGAGCAGUCUUCUGAUGGUAGUGUCGUAUUAUCAGGGUGGUUAAAUGUCCUUUCCUGGGGAGGACAGCGGGAUGCUUCACGUGAUAAGGGAGAUCUGAUUUCUUUAGUCGUCCUCCGACGCGUAGUACACCGCAGGGGUCGAGGAAUGGCUCCAGUCGAUAGAGACAGCUCGUUUUUUUUAGUGAUGCCUUAAUUUUCAUUGUUUCUUUACGGUUAGGGUCUUUCUUCUGAAGUGAACGCAGUAUUUUCAUCUCUUCUGGAAACUCUUUCUCUUGAACCAUUUGUAUUAUCUCUGACUCCGCCCUUUGAAGAUCCUCUACGUUGA